UGGUGUGUGUCGGUCGGUCGGUCGGUCGUCGCCGCCAUGCUAGUGGUUAGUUUAGUGAACCAAACAUCAUGAUGUGGCAAAACGUUCGCACGAGCUAAGACUGAAGUAACGCCGCGUUACCGGCGCGCCGUCGUUAUGUUAUCCAUAAUAACUCACAACGUUCGAUAAGCGUAAACACGUAACGUGAAUACAGUACAAAGAAAAAAAAGAAAAAAAAAAAAAAAGCUUCAUAUAAAAGCUCUAAAGCGACAGGCGACGACGAGAACGUCGGGGGUGCUCGAUUACUGCGUGCGGAACCGCACAACACUACCGUCAGUCCCGAUGUAAAAAUUUAAGUCAAAUUAUAGAUUCGAGCAAACGUAACCGAACCGUAAUCAUCGUCACGGUAUACACACGUUAGGAGUGACGAGUGCCAACGAUCAGCCUCCAUCGCGCGGCAAGGAGACGAUCACGAAUCGUAUACACGAAUUUGACCUCUGCCGGGUUUUUUAAACUGAAUUUCUAUGGGAAUGGAAUAGUUAAGAAACGUAAAUAGUAUACUUAUAUGCUGGAUCCGAGCGUACUGACGGAUUUAGAGGAACUGACGCUUUGCAGUUAUUGCAAGCAGAAGUAUAACGAGUCGGAACAAUGCCCGAAAUAUCUUAGUUGCAAACAUUACUUUUGCCUACGUUGCAUAGAGAACAAUUUGUUAAAGGGACGCGAGUUGUUUUGCGCGCAUUGUUGGAAGAGGACCGAGUUGGGCGAUCAAGGACCGGACGCUCUACCGACGCAUUCUUCUCUCCUUGCUUUAACGAACAAUUUGUCCCACUUGAAAAUUACGAUGAACAACACGUCUGGGAAGAGCAACGAUAAGGAGAGAAAGAGCGAAAAUUGUCACACGCACGGAAUGCCUUUGGCAUUAUGGUGUGCGACGUGUUGCACGGCGCUAUGUAGAGCAUGCGCGACGCCACAGGAACACCCAGGUCACCAGAUUAAAUCGCAAACCGAUGCCAAAGAACAACUCAUAUCCGAUGUUCAGUUGGAGUUAGUCGCUAUGGGAAAGUUAUCAACGGAGAUUCAAAGGCUGGCUAUGCAACAACGAGAGUUCUUAAUAAAAGUGUUGGAGGCGUGUGUUACGUUGAAGACUCACGUCGAGACUGAUCUUCAGAACGGUUGGAGUCACUUUCCUGAGAUAACGGACGCGCGUGAAACGCUUGGAAAAGCGAAAGCUAGUCUACAGAUGAUCGACAAUCCCGGGGACGUGUACAGUUUGCAUUCGCAGUUGAUGAUCGAGAAGCAAAGAUUGCAAUCGAAGCAUCAAGAGAUGAUGUUACAAUGCCAACUGGAUGAUUUGAUAGGCAACUCGGGUGUGGUGUUCGAUUUCGCGUUGUUGAAACAAGCAUUGGCAGGAAUUCACACCGGGGAACCGAUAGUUUCCCAAGGAGCGAGCAACGGCGGUCGAUUACCGAAUCAUUUGGCGGCCUCGCAAAAUCCGAUACUGUUCCUCGCUAAUUAUUGCAUGUCGCAGCUAUACUCGAGGCAUGUAGUCAGCAAGCAACACAUGCAAAACGGUUCUAUAGAGUAUCAUUCGAGCAUGAUGCAGCCGCAGGCAGCUCCGCCGGGUUCGGUUCACGUGCACCAGGGUCCACCAUCAUCGGGAAACCCACAACAGCUUCUCAUUCCGCCUGGUUCGCCGUCCGUUAAACCCGUACCGCCCGCACCGCCGAACGCGAUCUUACAUCCGCAACAGCAAUCGACCUUCAUACCGGAAGGGGUUGGUACCGGUGGCGGAGGUUUGGUAACCGUCCAUUCGUCCUCUCAACCACCGUCCAGCGGAAUAGCAGCGUCCCUCCGAGGGCCGACGAACCCUUAUCCAUUGUAUUAUUUUAAUAUCGAAGUUAACGGAUCCCCGCACGGUCGCAUCGUGAUAGAAGUGAGGCCGGACGCAGCGCCGAAAAUGGCGAAGAAUUUUAGCGUGCUGGCUACCGGUGAAGUUGGAGUCGGUUACAAGGGUUGCACGAUAUUUCAGUGCUGGGAGGGUGAAUCGGUGAUCACUGGUGAUUUCGAACUGAACAACGGUCGCGGAGGGAGAAGCAUAUUCGAGGACGGUUAUUUUAUGCCAGACGACACCAAGUUUCCUGCGGUCAGGGGUGCUGUCGGAAUGCGAAGAACCCAGAAGCGCCACGAUAAUCUCGGUAUGGUCGGUUCGCAGUUUCGUAUAAUACUGCAAGAGAUGAGGGGUUUCACGGGGAUAUUUGGCCACGUCGUCGAGGGUUUAGAAUUAGUCGAGAAGAUAUCUACGUUCGGCGAUCAAACCGGGAAACCUACGAAAAAUAUUCUAAUCACGAAAUGCGGUAAGUUGUAACGAUAAUGCUGUUGCGGCUCGAGUAUACCGAAACGUUAUUAACGUUACUCUCCGUGUAUACUUAAACGUUCUCCCGCUGUUAGAUAACGAUAAAUAUUUUAACCCAGUCACCACGGUAUCUCCGGACGCGUCUUUAAAUAAGGGAUGCGCGCGGGUAGACAAAUAUAUCGAGUACCCUAUGUUUCGGGUAUCUAAGCGUCCUUGAUGUUUCAUUCAAUUGUAAUCAGUUGUACGACGGUUAAUCGCUGUUGUUACCGAGUUCUACAGGAGAUACCGUCGUGACCCCGUAGGGCUCCAUGAAUCGCGAUGCUCUCCAUACGAGUCGACAGAAUUUAAUUAACUAUUAACCAACCAGAAUUCUAAAGAUGUUGAAUCUAUUUUUAAAAAAGAAAACUGGGCACAUAAGAGAUGAAUGAAGAAAUAAAGAUCCAUAUUUUCCUACUGAUUGAGAAUCAGUAAGAUUCUGUAUCUACAAUAAUUAACGAUGAUCGAUAAAUACGUACCUCAGAUCGAUCGUGAUAUCGAUACGACUUCUAGCUGUACGAUAUAUUUGUUUUAGAAGAAAAAAAAAAGGUUCGAUGUUUAUUUUCGCUAUUGGCGUAUUGCUACGUAUAUAUAUAUAUACACACACACAUAUAUAUAUAUAUAUAGUUGAUAGAGGGAUUCGCACGGGAUUUAAGAGAAACGGCGUCGCCCUGUGAGCGCUGCUAAUGUUUUAGAUUAAUAGAUAUAGUGAGAAAAAAAAGCAUUAAAAAAUGCGUGUAGAUUGAGGAAUAACG